UAAAAUUGUCUUAAAAUGUGUGUUUCUUCUGGGGAGGAAAUGUAUGUCGGAAUAAAACUACUUCCUGCCCUGUAAAAGCAAAAGAAGAAGAAGAAGAAACUUCCAGUCCUUUACAACCAAAAACAAGACGAAGAGACGUUACUUCCGGUCCGCUUGCUGUUCGGCCAGUUAAACUUCCGGUUGACGGAAAGCAGCUUCGAGCUCGUUUCCUGCGAGUCGGAGACGUUUUGUUUUUGUUGAACGAGCUUCGGGUUGAAACCGCCGAGCAGCCACCAUGUCGAGCCGCGAGGUCCUCAACAUGAAGCUGCCUCCCAUCCAGUCCACGGCCGGGGCGGUUCCGGUCCGGAACGAGAAAGGGGAGCUCUCCAUGGAGAAGGUGAAGGUGAAGCGCUACGUGUCGGGGAAGCGGCCCGACUACGCGCCGAUGGAGUCGUCCGACGAGGAAGACGAGGACUUCCAGUUUGUGAAGAAGGGCAAGGAGGCGGAGGCGGAGCUUGAGCUGGAGGAGGAGGACGUGUCCGACCCGCGUCUCAAACGUCUGCUCAACCGCGUGUCCGAGGACGUGGAGGAGAGGCUGGCGAGGCACAGGCAGAUCGCCGAGCCGGAGGUCGUCGCCGAGAGCAGCGACGACUCCGACGAAGGCACGUGGCACCCGGAGCUCCAGGAGGAGAGCAGUGAUGAAGAGGAGGAGGAGGAGGAGGAGGAGGUGGAUGACGAGGAAAUUGAGAGGCGGCGGUCGAUGAUGCGCCAGCGAGCCACCGAACGGAAGAGCGACGACAUGGAGGUCAUGGAGGUGGAGGAGGAGGGGAAGUCGGGGGCGGAGUCAGAGUCAGAGUCCGAAUACGAAGAGUACACCGACAGCGAGGACGAAGCCGAACCUCGACUGAAACCGGUCUUCAUCCGCAAGAAGGACCGAGUCACGGUGGCGGAGCGCGAAGUGGAGGAGCUGAAGCAACGGGAGCUGGAUGCCGAGGCCAAGAAGCAGGUGGAGGAGCGGCGGCGCUACACCCUCAAGAUCGUGGAGGAGGAGGCCAAGAAGGAGUUCGAGGAGAACCGGCGCACGCUGUUAGCGCUGGACUCUCUGGACACGGACGGAGAGAACGAGGAGGAGGAGUACGAAGGCUGGAAGGUCCGCGAGCUGAAGCGCAUCAAGAGGGACCGCGAGACGCGGGAAGUCAUGGAGAAGGAGAAGGCGGAGAUCGAGCGGUUCCACAACCUGACGGAGGAGGAGCGCCGCGCCGAGCUGCGCAACAGCGGCAAGCAGGUCACCAACAAGGCCAGCAAGGGCAAAUACAAGUUCCUCCAGAAGUACUACCACCGAGGAGCCUUCUUCAUGGAUGAGGAGGAGAACGUGUACAAGAGAGACUUCAGCGCUCCGACUCUGGAGGACCACUUCAACAAAACCAUCCUACCCAAAGUCAUGCAGGUGAAGAACUUCGGGCGCUCCGGCCGCACCAAGUACACCCACCUGGUGGACCAGGACACCACGUCCUUCGACUCGGCCUGGGCCCAGGAGAGCGCCCAGAACAGCAAGUUCUUUAAGCAGAAGGCGGCGGGCGUGAGGGACAUCUUCGACCGGCCCACCGUGAAGAAGAGGAAGACUUAGAGGGACGGACCCAUUCAAAGAGUCCAGAGACUGUUUCAGGGACGCUGGACUUCCUGUUCUGGAAGGAAAGCAGCUGCUCCAAAUAAACAACUCCAGAUGCAGAAUACGGUGGAAACUAAAUUAGUUUCCAUCUGUCCGUCUUUUUAAAAGCAGUGGGUUGUAAUUUUGUCCAAAUCCAUUGAGUAAUAUUUCAUUUCGAGAUCGUUGUUUUUAUUUCUUGUGAUAUUUUUUUUUUUCUUCUUGUCUUGAAUAAAACUUGUAUUUUA